AUGGCGUCCAGCCGUGCCCCGUCCGCUCCAAUAACCGUCCGGUUCAUGAUCCAGGAUCCCGGUGCCCGUCAGAGUGGACAGGACAAGACCACCAAGAUUGCACUGGCCCGAAGCCAUGCCGCCAAACAUGUCGGUCGACGCACUCGCUGGGAAAGGCAGAUGAGCUACCGCCGAGAGCUGGAGCGUGAUUCAUCCCAACGACACAAACCAGAAAAGCCCAUCGCUCAUGAUGGAAUGGAUGAUGAUGCGCAUGAUCAACAAUCGGAAUCCUCUAAGGUGCUUGUCCACAAUGCUCUGACCCAGAGCAAACGCGAUCCAUUCUCUCCCUACAAUGCGUCAGAGCAUCCAGCAGUCUUUCAAGAUCUCAUCGAGUACACCUAUGACAAGCUAUGGCCUGAUCUGAUCGAGGUCCAAGGAAAGCCAGCCGUCCAUCCAGGUCGGCGGCAAUGGCGCUUGGCCGCACAGGAAUGUCCUGCCGUCCACCACGUCCAUCUCGCGAGUGUUGCGGAUUUCGGCAAAGCCAUGUACGACGCCGCCGGAUACGGUGCCAUGUUUGAUCGGCUGAGGCUGUUUCAUCACACCAAGGCGCUCCGCUUGGUCCGGCAAGUCAUACAAAACAUGGACCCCAACGGCAUCCCGACCGACUCGCUCGUCAUGGCGGUAUACAACUUGUCGUACCAAGGAUUAGACUGGGACAAGCGGGUGUUCCCCGAGUGUCACCCUCCGCCGCCGACGCUCAAUGCACGCUUCCUCGCCCGGUAUGGUCGGAAAAUACCGCAUGCCGAACAUAUGCGUGCCAUGAACCUCCUCAUUCAGGCCAAGGGCGGCUUAGAAGAAGUCAAACUAAUUGGCAUUGCAGAGAUGAUAUGGUUAUGGAGCCUGAACAACUGCACGACUCUCAUCCAACAACCCAGCUUCCCACUUCUCAAAAGCUACGAGGAUCUCCUGACGGAUUACACGGAAAACGUCAAGAAAUCCCCUGGGAACGGCACGUUUGGAAGACUGGGAACGGGGUUCUUGCUGCUCCCAGCGAGAGACGCCAUCGGCAGACUCCGUGAGUAUUUGCUCUGCACGGCCGCCGUCACCGUGGAACUCUCGCACUUGGAGCCAGGGUACGAAAAGACGCGGGAGUGGCGGCGACUCCUGGCGGUGGCGCGGGCGAACCAUCACCAGAUCCUGGCGCUGCCGACCGAGAUCCCACUGUCCGAGGCCGGCAGCGAGGAGGAGCGGCUGAUCUUCGCCAUCACGCGGCUGGGUGCCCUCCUCUACAACGACAUGGUCGUGUAUCCGCAGAUCGACAGCUCCGAGAUCAAGCCCCGGCUGGCACGCACGCUGCGCCACGCCCUGACCGAGAAGUUCCUCAAGUUCACCCCGGGUGGCGGCCGUGAAGAGUACCGACCCCUGGUCCUCUGGACGCUGCUGCUGGGCUGCAUCGGCGCCACCUUCACGCCCGACCGGCCCUGGUUUGUCGCCCAGCUGCACGAGCGCUCCGCGCAGCUGGGUCUUGUGAAGUUCGCCGACUUCAAGGCCGUCAUGGCUUGUUACUUGUGGUUUGAGAACAUGGAUGAGCCCGCGCGGAAGGCAUGGUACGCCGGGUCAAAUGUGUUUCGUACCCAGCACCUCGGGGAGGGAGAGGAGGGCGCGGACGAGGAUAAGAAUAAGGAUCAGCCCAAGGACACCAACAGAGACAGGGAGAAGGACAAGGACUCGAAGCACCAAGCCGAUGUCUGA